AUGGCGGAAGGAUUGUUGUCUGCUGCGUGGUCGAAAUCUCUCAAAGGUAUUCCGUAUUUUGACUCAUCUUUCAUCGAGAAAUGGCUUGAGAAGGACGGUAAAGUCCCCAAAAAAGUAAUAACUCGUGGUUAUAGUAAUUUCUGCGAGGGUUAUAUCUUUGAUGUCGAAGGUAAGUUUCAGUCCCGUUGAUUUGGUUUUGCUCUGGCCAUAGGUUAGGGUUAGGGUUAGGGUUAGGGUUAGGGUUAGGGUUAGGGUUUAUGCUCUGGCUGAGAAAUUGUACGCGAACAGUGGUGUGAUUCCCAUUAUUUAUGCUGUUUUGGGCAUCAUAUAUUGUGUUUCUCCUUCGAUUAUGCCUUGAUUCGAUGAUUGAAAUCCCUGUGAUAUAAUCUAUAGUGUGUAGUGUAUUAAACUUUCAUAUUCGCCCUUUACUUUCAGUAAAAACUCAAGACACAGAAGUCCUCGUAAGGGCUAAAAGUUAUAAAUCCCAGCGGAAAAAUGAGGAGCCAUGGAGGUUACAGGUAUUGUUACUGCCUUAUUGCUUCGUCUGAGCUCAAGCCAAUCUAGGAAAAAUAUCUUAAGUGUACUUUCUGGUUUCUGUUUGUUUGUUUGUUUGUUCUUUUUUUUACAGUUAGUUUGUUGCUGUUUAUUGAUUUGCUGGGCACUAUUUAAAAAAAUGGGAUUGAGUAAAAAAUAAAAUUAAGAACGUUUCGCACACAUUGCAAAUCAGAUAUAAAUACAUAUCAAUUGUUUCUUUAGGUGAGAAUAUCAAGGGAUGCAGAAGUUAAAAUAACCAGUACCUCAUGCAACUGUGAGGCAGGAGCAGGUCUCUGCAAUCAUGCAAUAGGCCUGGUAUACCUCCUUGAACACUACAGAAAACUUGGUUUAAGAAGUGUACCUCCCGUCAUGUCUAAAACAAGUCUCCCACAGACAUGGCAUGUUCCACAAAGGACAGCAGGAAUUAAUCCCCGUGAGGUACAAGAGGUGCUAGUGCAACAGGUAAAACCUCCAAGCAGUGAUGCUCCUUCAAGAAAGAAAGUACGCAGGAUAGAUGGUGUACGGUCCACCCUGUACAACCCAAUUCCAGAACAAUUUGGGGAACCUAAAAUUAUAGAUUCCAUGAAGGACAUAUUCAAAGUAUAUAAAGACAUGCAAAUAAAUAGCAUUGUUCCCGAAACGAACAGAUAUGACUUUGUGGACAGUAAUCUCGGAAAGGUAGCUUGUGGCUCAGUUAUCUCAUACCAGCAGCGCCAAAACACAACAAAUGACCCCAAAAUUCACAUGAACAUUGACGGGCCAGAAAAUCCACCAGCUUUUGAUGCGCCAUCACUUGAAAACCAUUAUUUAUUUGUUCCCAAAUUGGCAGAAAUAAACUUUAUUGAAGGACUCAGUGUAUCACUAGAACAAUCUUGUUUAUAUGAGGAAGAGACAAGGGAGCAAUCUGACACACAGAAGUGGCAUGACUUGAGGGCACAGAGAUUAUCUUCCAGUAAAUUUAAAGAUGUGUGUAUACGAAGAGCUGACUUUGAAUCAUUGGCAGUCAGACAACUGAAGAAGACUGUGCAAACUUCGGCAAUGAAGCAUGGCAUAAAUACAGAAGAAGAGGCAGCUUCUGCAUAUGCUGACAGUGGAGAUUGCAAUGUUUUCCCUGCCGGGAUUGUUAUCAAUCCGUCUUGCCCACACCUGGCUGCCUCUCCAGAUCGAAGGGUUUAUGAUCCCUCUGAAAACAGUCCCUGGGGGCUGUUGGAAAUCAAGUGCCCUAUUAAGGAUUCAAUUUCUCAGCUGCCAUAUCUGAAAUGUGUAAAUGGAAUUUAUAAACUUAAAAAAACACAUAGCUAUUACUACCAGAUAAUGGGACAGAUGUUGUUGACAGGUUGUGAAUGGGUAGAUUUUUAUGUUUAUUGUAAAUCUGACUUUCAUUUAGAAAGAGUGAGGUUUGAUGCAGAAUUUUGUGCAACGAUGAAGAUGAAAUUAGACACGUUUUACUUUGAAUACCUCCUCCCUGAACUGUUAAAAAAAGCAGGGGCUUAA